GAAGGAAGUCGAAUUCUGACAAGAACAUCAGACGGUGAAUAUCUUCCUGGAAAGGUGGCUAGUUCAGAAGGACUAAAAUUUUCAGUCACACUGGACAACGGAGGUCAAAUCGAGUGCAGCUAUGAAGACAGGACGGUAGUCGUACCAGACUCUACUCCAGCGUGGGUCACUUUAGGUGAUCACGUGAUUGCAUUGUCGCCAUUGACGAAUGAGAGCCAGCAAUAUCUUACUGGCUUUGUGACAAGGAUUUUUUGUCCACAUGAAAAGGCGUUGUAUGAGGUUACUUUGGAUAAUAAUCAUCGUGGGAAUUACACGCUUCCACAUUUACGAAAGCUUCCAUUUUGCCGAUCAGCUCAUGAAGGUAUUUACUCAAUGAGCUUAUAGCUUGCAAUUACGCCUUCCCUUAAAAAAAAGAAAGCCUGAUCGUACUUUGUGAGUUCAUGGCUUGUAAACAUUUCCUGAAUUCCUAAGAACUAAGUCACCGAGGCUUCGGGCGACAAAAAGCAGAAAAAUCAGAAAUUGUGUGAAAUUGUUUCCUCAAGCCUCGAACUCGUUUUGUUGACUGUACUCACGGGAGGAGAUUUCGAGAAAGGUUCAUCAGAUAACAUUUUAACACUAAAUAUCAAGGAUAGCAAACAUGUUUCUGGUUUUUCCCAAUUCUUAACCUUCAUUUGUAAAACUACGACAAACUGACUUUAAUUAUUUGAAGGAAGAUCAUCACAGAUACGUUUGCGAUGAUCGUCCUUCAAAUAAUUCUUCACUCCGCAGUUCACAUAUAUGAUUUUUAUAUGUUCAUAAACUGACUUUAGUUUAAAGAUGAAGUGUCCGGAUCCGUUAUUGUGAAAUUUAUAAAUAAUAAUUAAUAGUAGUUUGGGAGUAAAACAGAACGUCUUUUUAGAAUCGGUUUCAACAUUUUUUCACCUAGAGUGUCAACAAAACUUGCGUUCAUCUGUGUUUUGGUUUGUGAGCUUUGUGGUAAAGAGAGAGCAAGUCAAAAAUGUUACACUGCUGAAGAAUUUAACGUUGUUGUUUCGGCCCCGUCCACACCAAUUCUGAUAAUUUUAAGACCCAUCUUCGUUCAUCUUUUUGACCUACCAUCUACACCAAACUGAUGAAUUGCAAAAAAAAUUAUUUUCCGGCUUGUCCUGUCACCAACUAAACUUCAGUGCGGAUCUUUUCUACUCAAGCAGGCUCAAGAAGGCAAAGUGGCGUAGUAUGGCGUCCACACCGGGGGAAAAAGACACGUUUUCGAAUCAAAUUAAGCCUCAUACCAUGGGACGCAACUUUGCUGGCCGCCAAAUCCCAACAUUUUUGAAUGUUACAUGUCGCGUCCGUUUGCACACCGUGUUACAUGUUGUUGCGUGUUGUUGGGAGUUGUUGGGAGUUGUUGCGCAAAGUUUGAAACCAGUCAGACUUUUUAGCCAACAAAUACCAACAUUUCUUUUGUUCUGUGAUCCCAGAAGCGCAGGGCAGCAAUGUUAUAUCCGUUUGCAGAGCUCUACCAACAUUGUUGGGGCCACGCACGCGCUUUAUGCAAGGCUUACAAAGUCUAUGGGUUGUUUCCGUCCCACGAUGCAUACAACUCCCAACAUUGUUGGGAGUUUUUACGUUCGUUUGCAUGUAGCUCAGUAGAAAAUGACUGUUUACUUAAACUUUAUCGAAGAAUUUACAUCCAUUUUCUUAUUUUAGUCGGCGCCCGUGUUUUUGCUCGCUGGAAAGACAACCUUUACUACCGUGGUUUUGUGAAGAAACAAAUUCACUAUGCUGAGAAACUUUACAUAGACGUGGAACUGGAUCAUUUAGGCCCCAUUUCACACCAAGCCAGCGACGAAAGAGCCGUUAUCCUUGACAUCAUUCCUUCAUACAGUCACGUACAUGCAACUCAGCGCGUAAUUGGCUAUUUUCCUGGGUAUGCGAGCUACAUUCCAGGGGUGGUGGUGAGACGAAAUGAAGACUGCUGGCAAGGGGCUUAUCACGUGAAGUUUGACACCGGGGAAGAAUGUCAACUAGAUUUUAAUGAAAUACGAAUUCUUCCACCGUAUGUUCAGUUAGUUUUCUAG